CUCGCCGUCGUGCCGAACGCGCCGCUUGCAACCAUGUUCAGCAAGGUCCUCGUGUCCCUCGCGCUGGUCGCCGUGUCGCGAUGCGACGACUUCGAGGGCGCCGAGGAGGACGACUUCGGCGGUGACGGCGACAUGGACUCCUACGGCGGCGGCUACGGCGGCGACUCCUACGGCGGCGGCUACGGCGGCGACUCCUACGGCGGCGGCGGCGACGGCGGCGGCUACGGCGGCAUGGACGACGAGUACGGCGGCGGCGGGGACCCGAGCCCGGCCUACGAGGUGCUCGACGACUUCGAGGCCAUCGCGACGUUCGUCGGCGACGACGAGGCGGAGCCGUCCGUCGUGGGCUUCUUCGACGAGGAGCGCGACGCCGACGCCCUCGAGACCUUCAAGGAGGUCGCCGACGGGUCGCGCUACGACCUGCGCUUCGCCUACGUCGCCGACGAGGCCGCGCGCGCGACGGCGAAGCUCGCCAAGGGCCCGGCGGUGCUCGUCUACCCGCCGCCGCGGUUCGUGAGCGACAAGUACGAGAAGAAGCGCGCGCGCUACCCGUCGGCGAAGCUCGACGCCGACGCGCUGAAGAAGUUCCUCUUCAAGAAGGCCGUGCCCCUCGUGGGCCAGAAGACGUGGAAGUCGAACGAGCGCUACGAGAAGCAGAACGUGCCCGUCGUGACGCUCUUCGCGGCCAUCGACCUCGAGAAGAACCCCAAGGGCUUCGACUACUUCGCGAACCGGCUGCGCAAGGUGGCCGCCGACUUCGUGGGCAAGCUCAGCUUCAACAUCGGCGACAAGGAGGACUUCUCGUACCAGCUCGAGGACUACGAGCUCGUCCUCGAGUCGAAGAAGGACGUCGGCGUCGGCGCGCGCGACGGCGACAAGUACUACCACAUGACGGAGAAGUUCAACGUCGACAACCUGCGCGCCUUCGCCCAGGAUCUGGUCGACGGGAAGCUGACGCCGAAGAUCAAGGAGGAGCCCGACUACGGCUCCGGCGACGACGACUACGGCGACGUCACCGUGCUGACGACGGACAACUUCGAGGACGAGACGGCGGGCAAGGACGCCAUGCUCGAGUUCUACGCGCCCUGGUGCGGCCACUGCCAGCAGCUCAAGCCCACGUACAAGCAGCUCGGCGAGAAGUUCGCCGCCGUCGACUCCGUCGUCAUCGGCGCCAUGGACGCGACGGCCAACGAGCCGCCCAAGGAGAGCGGCAUCGAGGUCCAGGGCUACCCGACGCUCAUCUUCAAGAAGGCCGACGGCUCCACGGAGCCCUACGACGGCGACCGCGACCUCGACUCCAUGGUCGACUUCAUCGUCGCCGCCGCGGGCAUCGACAAGUCCGAGCUCUAGGUCGCGGGCCGUCCCCGGGCGGGGCGCGAGCGAGUAACGCCUCUUUGACGCU